UGCUUGUUACUUGUUAGGGUUAGGUAUUUUAUAGUAUUAGUCAUCGGAACGAACGUUAAGCAGAACUAUUCGUUGAUUCUUUUAUUAUUAAAUCAACUGUUGACUUACAACUUCAGAUUCUAUUAAAGUGUUAAAACAUAUUUUGCAAACCCGUAUUUGUAUUUCAACAAAUUAAUUAAUUAUAACAAAGAUGUCCUCUCGUAAGACUGCUGGUCGUCGUGGCACGAACAAGAAACGGGCCCAGCGUGCCACAUCCAAUGUAUUUGCUAUGUUUGAUCAAGCACAGAUUGCAGAAUUUAAAGAAGCAUUUAACAUGAUUGACCAGAACAGGGAUGGAUUUGUUGAUAAAGAUGAUUUACAUGAUAUGCUUGCCUCACUUGGCAAAAAUCCAACUGAAGAAUAUUUGGAAGGUAUGAUGAAUGAAGCCCCGGGUCCCAUUAACUUCACCAUGUUCCUUACACUGUUUGGUGAGCGUCUUCAAGGAACCGAUCCAGAGGACGUUAUCAAGAAUGCCUUUGGAUGCUUCGAUGAGGAGAAUACGGGUGUAAUAGGAGAGGAACGUCUCCGCGAGUUGUUGACGACGAUGGGCGAUCGUUUCACGGACGACGACGUCGACGAAAUGCUUCGUGAAGCUCCAAUUCGAGAUGGAAUCUUUGACUACGUUGAGUUUACGCGCAUAUUGAAGCAUGGCGCAAAAGAUAAGGAUGAGCAAUAAAACAAUAUUAAUGGGCAGGUUGAAAGAUUUCAUUUGAGACUAUAUUUCUCUUAAAAUGACUAUAAAUAUAUAAAUUCGUGUAUUUAACUAAAUUCUACAAAAGAGAAAUCAACUGUUUAUGUUUUAACUUUCCAGUUUUUCAUAUUUUAAAAAUAUUUCAACCUGCCAUAAUAAAUAAUGUUUAAUCAUUUUUUAAUUAUGUAACCAUAUACAUUAUAUGCCAAACUAAUUCAUUUUAUAUAAGAUGUACUAAAUCUUAUUAGGUAUAAGUUUGCUUGUAUGGAUUUCGUCAAUCUCAAAAGACACCGCGGUGCUAAGAAUAGAGAUAUGUAUUAGAUUUGUUGCAAUUUCGAUUGGUUUUAAUCAUGCAUUUGUUAUAAACAUUUCCAGUAUAAUUGGGUUGAGUGUAAAUCUGGUUUUUUCUUUGAUUGAUACGAUUUUAUUUAUUAACGUUUGUUUGUACUUAAUAGUUCCGUUAAUUUUAUAUCAAAAAAAUUUAGUUCGUGAAUGUCUAAAGUUUAUCUAUGAACUUGAAACAACACGGAACAAAAUUAUAUGAAAAUUUGUAUGUGAUUCGAAAAAUAUAAGGCAUUCCGUUUUGUAACCAGAUUGAGCUAGCUAUUAAUUCGUAAAUUAAAUGAUGUUUUUGAAUUAUCAAAACCGACUUAAUAAUGAAAUACUAGUAGUGUAGUUACAUAAACUAACACUAAAUAUUUUACUACUAACCAAUCAUGUGUAGGAAGAAACAUAUUAUAUAUUCAAUGAUUAUGUAUUUAUUUUGAGUUUUCUUAUAAAUUCUUUUAAAUAUUA